AUGGCUGCGUGGGAGUUGGGCAGGUUUCCGAACGCGGUGUCUCGGGCCGACUUUUUACAAAAGUGCACUGAAAGCCUGUCGACGGUUUCGCCGGCAUUUGAGGCGGUCAAAUACAAAGCACCGGAGCAUUAUAACGCUGAGUUCAGGCAGACUAACAAAUGGCGCGGUCCACCCGGGACACACUCGAACGAUGUCGAUAUCGCAUGGCACGAGAUUGAACUUGGGGCUGGUGGCAUCCGUGUCACAGCUGAGGAACUGAAAUUGCUCAACAUGACCGACUCACCAGAGAUGCCAUUCCACAAAGUGCCCGAUGAGCAUGGAGGCGGUUACUUGGCAAUGCUUGAAGUCUUCCAUCUGCUCCACUGCUUGAACUCUUUAAGAAUGGGGCUUUUCUAUAAUUACGAGCACUACCAAUUCUUGGACGAAGGUGUCCCUGAUGAAAAUAUCUACAGCCACUUUGGUGAGUCUGAUAUUUCCCGGAAGCCAACGCGCGCGACCGAAUCUGACGAUACAGACCACUGCAUCGACAUGCUGAGGAUGAACUUGCAAUGCCAAGGAGAUGUAACGCCCGCUUUGUUCGUUGAUCCCCUAAACAACCCGAAACGACGAGAUGCUCUACCCAACUGGUCUUCGAUGCACACUUGCAGAGACUUCGAUGCCAUUCUGGACUGGAAUAAGCACGGCCCACGGUCGGUGCGGUGGCGCGAUGCCGGUCCCAAUCCAUCUUGGGAUCCCAGUGUUGAGGGAGCCGAGCCGCCUUUUCCGCCAGAAGGAGAGAAGGAGGAGCACCACCACUCAUAG